AUGUCUGCUCAACAGAUCUUGUCCAAGAAGAGAAAGCUCGUCGCUGACGGUGUCUUCUACGCUGAAUUGAACGAAUUCUUCACCAGAGAGUUGGCCGAGCAGGGUUACGCUGGUGUUGAGGUCAGAAAGACCCCAACCAAGUUGGAGGUUAUCGUCAAGGCCUCUAACACCCAGGGUGUCUUGGGUGAGCAGGGUAGAAGAAUCCACGAGUUGACUUCUAUGAUUGUCAAGAGAUUCAAGCUCUCCCCAGAGGGUAUUGUCAUCUACGCCGAGAGAGUCGAGGAGAGAGCUCUUUCUGCUGCUGUCCAGGCUGAGGCUUUGAAGGCCAAGUUGUUGGCUGGUUUGCCAAUCAGAAGAGCCGCUUACGGUGUCUUGAGAUUCUCCAUGGGUGCCGGUGCCAAGGGUGUUGAGGUUGUCAUUUCUGGUAAGUUGAGAGCUGCCAGAGCCAAGUCCCAGAAGUACGCUGACGGUUUCAUGAUCCACUCUGGUCAGCCAACCAAGGACUUCAUUGACUCUGCCAUCAGACACGUCUUGAUGAGACAGGGUGUCUUGGGUAUCAAGGUCAAGAUCAUGAGAGACCCAGCUAAGAACAGAUUCGGUCCUAAGGCUUUGCCAGAUGCUGUUAAGAUUGCUGAGUACAAGGACGAGGACGAGGUUGCUGCUGCUCCUACCGUCAAGGUCUACAAGCAGGAGGCUGCCCCAGAGGCUGCUCCAGAGGCUGCUGCUCCUCAGGCUGCUGCCUAA